CGGUAGUACACUUCGGUUCUGUCCAAACAGAACGUGAGCGUUUAGCAGUCUGUCUGAGCGCCUCUCGGUGCUAAACUGAUUCAUGUUGUUUUUUUAGCCACACGUCCCUUUAAACUAGACUAUUUCAUCGAAUAAUGAGUGAUAACGAUGAUAUCGAAGUCGAUAGUGACGAAGACUCACCGAGAUAUCACUGUGUGGCAGACAAAAGGGCACACCACAAUGCUCUGGAGCGCAAACGUAGAGAUCACAUCAAAGACAGCUUUCACAGCCUCCGGGACUCAGUGCCCGCCCUGCAGGGAGAGAAGGUUGGUAAAGCUCAGCCUGCCAGUCCUCCAGGCACACGAUGUUCAGGCUCCCAUGCGUCUCGGGCUCAAAUCCUAGACAAAGCCACAGAGUAUAUCCAAUACAUGAGGCGAAAAAAUCACACGCACCAGCAGGACAUCGACGACCUGAAGAGGCAGAACGCUCUGCUGGAGCAGCAAGGUAACGACUACUGCCCCCCCGACACCGAGGUGCGUGCUCUGGAGAAGGUGAAGGGCUCUGCUCAGCUCCAGGCCAGCUACUCCUCGUCUGACAGCAGCCUCUACACCAACCCCAAAGGCAGCGCCGUGUCCGCGUUCGACGGCGGCUCGGACUCCAGCUCCGAGUCGGAGGCCGAGGAGCCGCCCAACAGGAAGAAGCUGCGCGUGGAGGCCAGCUAGAGGGGGCGGAGCCAUUCAAACAUGGCGGUGCACAGAGGAGAGGAAGUGACGCCUUCAAAGCUCUCGAGGCUCAUCUCUCCCCCCCCCCCCCGGCCAACAACAAGCCUCCCUCACCGUCCUCCUCCUCCCGUCUCCUCCAUCAUCUGUGGGUGGGCUCGCUCUGGAGACUCGUGACCUCCUCACGCCGCAAGUAUCUCUCCCUCCACCCGACCUAUAGGAGGCAGGGAGUCCUUCGGGUGGAGGACGACUGCUUCAGUUCAUGUAGAGAGCUUCAGGUUUCUCCCCUCUUUAGGUCUCCCUCGUUGGUAACUCCCCCUCCCCCGCAACAUCUACAAUCGAACACCCAAAAAGAGGCAGCUUGUCUACUUAAGGACUUGAUGCUUUUUAUGUACCCUCAAUAAGCCCCCCCCCCCUCCCCGGGUGUUUUUUUUGGGCGGUUGAGGGGAGCACCUGGCGUACUCCAAGCACUGCUAUAUUAUAUAUAUUUUUUUGUUUUCUUUGUUAUUCUUGAAAAAAAAAAAAGCUGUUUUAGAAUUUACACACACACACACACACACACACACACACACACACACACACACACACACCACACACACACACACACACACACACCUAGAUGAAUUGUCCCAGAGAAGUUUACCUUUUUAAAAUAAAAAAUGUAGCUUACUUGUUUCCACUAAAGAAUGUGAAGACGCUCUGAAUCAGUGAGUGAAACCCCCCUCAGGCCCACCGGAGAGCAGAGGCUUUCUGCCUCACACCGUUAACACAAAAUUAAAAAAAGAAAAGAAAACAUGACUCCUUUGUUGAAAUUGAUGUUUUGAAGGAGAAUAUUCCUAAACUUGUAUCGUAUCUUGUCCUUUAGCUUGAAGUAGUGAAUGACUUUAGGUGGCUGAAUACGUUAAGCAUCUCGUUUUAUAUAUUAUAAAAAGCAUUGAUUGGAUGUUUUCGAGUUCUAAAGUAUGUUAUGAAUUUUGUAGUAAUCUCACGAGUCAUGGGGAAAUGCCAAUUUGUCACAUGUAGUUUUCCUUAAGGGUUUGAAAUAGAUAUUGAAUGUCAAAAGGUAGCUCCAGUCUUUUGCAGUACAAGGGAGCGAAUAAAUUCCCUGUCGAUGUGUUGUGCUUUUACAUUUAAUAAAUCAAUGUUGCUGAAUCCCCCCCCCCCCCCAAGGAAAAAAAGGAAGCAUUUUGCGUGUCUAGGAAACGUGUGUGUAUGUAUAUUGUUUCCAUUUGAUUUCCAGUUAGGAGGGUAUAAUUAGUGUAAAAAUGAGUUUGUUUGUCCGGUUCCAUUCCAUGGAAAUUACAAGUAUGUUGUACAUACUGCCAACAAUUGUCUUGCAAGUUGAGGCCUACCUUUACUAUGAGACUAUAAAAUAAACUAUUUUAUCCUUUA